CUUGAGUCAUGAUAAAAGGAAAAUAUGCAAGAGUUGAUAACAGCUUUUCCUUGACGUGCUUCAGACGUACAGACACAGAGCUGCUGUUUGGUGAGCAAUCAAGACUGUCCUGUGCAGAGCCACCUGGUCGGUUUCAUUCACUCCUUCCUGCCCUAUCAAGCGAGAACGGGGGAAACGGAGGCAGUUGAUGAUUAGCAGUUAAGAACUGUUCCUUGAAAACCUCAGGAACCUCAGGCCUUGUCUGAAGAAACCUAGAAGAAGGUAUAGCAGGUUCUUCUUAGCCUUGACCCAUUCCACACCAAGAGGGCCCGGGCUCUGGAAUUCUGCUCCCAUGGAAAAAUCAAGGUCCUUGUUCAGGAACGUAAUUGGCCACAAGAUGCUCUUUGUUGUCUUCCUACUUUUCCCCACAGAUAUUCUUGUAGAGGGACAAAAUACAGCCGAGCCUGUUACUACAGCAAAUGUAACCCUCCACGUAGAUUCAAUAGCCAGUUUAAAUGCAAGCGCCACAUCUUUCCCAGCAUCUUCUAAGAUGCCUGGGGAGAUUUCUACGACAUCUGUGACAUCACACACUGAUGCCACAAUGCCUGGCACUCUCAGCCAACAACCAGCACUGUCCUUCAAAGCAUCACCUCCAGUCUCAAAACAAGAAGUACAACUUCCCACUGUCGUGAACACUGCUGUCCCAGUAGAUACUUCGUCUCCUAUGCCAAGUAAAGUUGCUGUCAUUACCAAAGAAAAAGACCGUCGUACGGAAACUACAGGGGAAAAAAAAAUCAAACCGCAGAAGGAAGUUCCCUCUAAAACGACUGUCACGCCACACUUUGUUAGCGAGACGGUAUCUUCUCCAACAAAGGAUGUGGGAACCAGAUCCCAAGGGGCCUUCUUGGAUCAAUCACCAAGUGCAAUUGCCUACCCAGAAACAACAAAGAGCAUAGAACCAAAAGAGGACAAAAAAGGGCCAAUCCCACCAGAUCAAGCUGUUCCAGAAUUAACUCAGAGUCCCGAGAGUGGCACCCACUAUACGUCUGGUCCUUUUACCACUUCAGUGGCACUUACCAGCACUAGUGCAACACAUGGCAAUCCUAAAACCAGCUCCGGGCAGAAGAAACACCCUAUCAUCAUUUUGGCCAUUGUUUUCGGCAUUGUGCUGCUUGCAGGCCUCAUAGUUUUCCUGUACUUAAGGCGCCGCCGUCACUCUGGCUCCACCAGCUUCAAUUCCCCAGAAUGGGCCGGACAAGCAACGUUGCCAGACGACACGGGCCUGGAUAAGGACGUGGAGCAACAGGCGGGAUCUGGAGGGGAAGGGGAAACACGGCGUGGGACUCUUGUGACUUUCUUUGGGAAGCGUCAGUCUAGGGUACCUUCAAUAGCUAUGGAAGAUAUCAAUGGGAAAGGCGGCAAGGCGGAAAGAGAGCAGCUGCUGUCUGGAGAGGCUGAGGUAGGGUCUCCUUCGGGGGCGAUUGGGGAUGCCAAUGGAAAAGUACCAGAGCCCCUUAAAGGGUCUUCUCAGGAGUCCCCAGCCUCUUAGGUAAGAGUUCCUCCAAAAUAGGACUUUGUUUUUCCUUGAAGAUGUUUCGCUUCUCAUCCAAGAAGCUUCUUCGGUUCAGUUUAGAUAA